AUGGCCUCUUUCGAGUUUCCGAGUCUAAUCGAAAGCGUGGUGAAGCAGGUAGCUCAAUACCUAGACGAACAACCAGAUCUCCUCUUAUCACUCCUCGAUGCCUCACCAAGCCUUCGCAUACCCAUUUUUGCAGACUAUGUUAUGAAGAGACAAUCGGACAGCGGCGACGACGACAUACAAUCGGACAGUGGCGACGACGACAUACAAUCGGACAGUGGCGGAGACGACAACCCAGAUUACGAAUUUGACAUAUCUCGCAAUUUCAAUCCGUCAGGAUCUUCGACUCCAGCCAACAAAAGAAACCAACGCGUUGCAUUUCCUGGCUCAUCGCGAUCGCCCACAGGUGGUCCUCGAUUCGAAUCUACACCCUCUCGACAAGGAAACUCAGACCUGCCCCAGUCAUCCGACUCGGACUCAGACUCCCCUGCAAACUCGCUCAAUGUAGAGCGUGGUUCGCUUACUCGAAGCUUUAACUGGGAGGGCACCAGUAUCAGUGCAUCAAAUGACCAUCUCUCCAAUGUCCCUCACGAUGCCUCCUACCUCUUCAAUACAACAAUGCCAGAUGUAGAGGUAACUGACACGACUCUGCAUAAAUUUUUGUGUCAACCGCACACAAUGAUCUCCCAACUUAAACCCCCUGAAAUGCCACAUGCACGAAACUCUCAGCGACCCCCCCGCCAUGCCGAGACCAAAGUAACACCACUUAAUGAAAUCUGCCUCGACACAGACUUUGCCUUCUAUGUGAUACUCUUUGCUUUACUGGAGGCACAUGGAAAUGCAUUCAUUCAACAUCGCCUUACUGCUGAAGAAUUGCAACGGAUGGAGGCUGGGCCAAAAGUCUUGAAUUGCUGGCCGUUUGUGUUUCGAGAGGCAGAUUACCAAACACGAAGUUUCGUCGGCGAGUCCAACAUGGCCUGUGAGGCGAACAACAUAUUAGAUGGAAAGGGCAUUAGCGACAAAACUCGCAUGUUUAUGCAUGCUGGUGUAACAGCCACAGUCGAUGAUCACGCAGUUAUCUCUGAUGGAGAAAUAACCGAUGUCUCGAUUCAAGAAAUGAAAACUCAGGACGCUCUAGAUUUCUUGCAAACAACGAAACUCACCGGGAUUGACUAUAAGCAACUCGAGGGUUACAAGCGUCAUGGAGAGGCCAUUGUUCUAGAGUAUCAUCCGCCAACACAACUUCCGAUCAAAAAAUCCAAAAAGAAAUCCUCACGAAAUGUUCACGACAACAAUGAGUUCUUGUCCUCCGAUACAAUCAAUGUAAACAACGAGCAUCUGGUGCAGGCCUGGACCCAGAUGGAGGCCAAAAAUAUCAACUUCGGACAUGCCUCGAGCCACGCAUACGGAUACGUGGCGUUUCGCGACCCUGAAAACAAUCCCAAUCGGCUCUACAUUUCGCCAGCCCUGCCAAACUUCGGCGACACUGUCUCCGACGCAGAAAGCGUGCGUACUCAGUUAGACGAUAAUGAUUUGGCUAUUCCGUCUCAAGAACUCGUCGCUAAAGGUUUGGAAUUGCUCGGCACCAAACCCGGUGAAGACUUCUAUGAUGAAUAUCGUGAAGCCCUGUCUUUGGGGCCUCAAAUCGGCGUAUAUGUCAUGGCGCACAUGUAUUAUAUUGCCAAGGACCCCGAGAGAGCCAAAAAAUGGCGCAAGUGGUAUCAUGAGAAAGUAUCUGGCAGGACAAAACACGUCUACUUCAAAUCUCGGAAAGAAUGCUACGACACCCAAUUCACCAAACCCAGCGAUGCGUUCCAGAGAGCAAGAAGCACUGCAAGUGGCACAGUUGGCGUUAUGCUCUAUAGCCUGAAGGCUCCACGUCCAAAGAGGAUUCCCCCGCCGAAGAAGGGAGACCCGGAUUUAAGAGAACCACCCAAUUACAAAGACCGUAGUCAAUCGUUUAGCCUAAGCGACCUUCAAGUUUGGGCUUAA